UGAAGGCAUCAUAGCCCUCUGAUGUGUCCCCUCUUCCUUCCAAACCUCCCCCUUUAAACCCUUCCCUCCAAUUUAGGGCUUCAAGAACCUCUCCUGAUCUCUGGAUCGCUAAAUUUUCUCCUCGCGAUUAUUGCUGUUGAAGGGUUGGGCGGAGAGAGGAGAUGGCCGGGCUUUCAGGGUUCAGCACGGGAGCUGCCGGGAAUCCGAACCCUAACAAGUCAGUUGAGGUGACACCUUCUCCAAAUGAUUCUGUCUCUAGCCUUAGUUUCAGCCCCAAGGGAAAUUACCUGGUGGCAACUUCUUGGGAUAAUCAGGUCAGGUGCUGGGAGGUUAUGGGAGGAAGCAGUCAGCCGAAGGCAUCAAUAUCACAUGAUCAACCGGUUUUGUGCUCAGCUUGGAAGGAUGAUGGGACAACUGUGUUUUCUGGAGGCUGUGAUAAGCAGGUUAAAAUGUGGCCUUUGAUGUCUGGUGGCCAAGCAACAACUGUAGCAGCACAUGAUGCACCUAUCAAGGAAGUAGCAUGGAUUGAACAAAUGAAUCUCCUUGUUACAGGGAGCUGGGAUAAGACAUUGAGGUAUUGGGACACCAGACAAGCACAGCCAGUUCACACACAGCAACUCCCUGAACGCUGCUAUGCACUCACAGUUCGAUAUCCUCUGAUGGUUGUGGGGACUGCGGAUCGGAAUCUAAUAGUUUUUAAUUUGCAAAAUCCUCAGACUGAAUUUAAGAGGGUUGUGUCACCUUUGAAGUAUCAAACAAGAUGUGUGGCUGCAUUUCCUGAUCAACAGGGCUUUUUGGUGGGAUCUAUAGAAGGAAGGGUCGGUGUACAGCAUCUGGAUGAUGCUCAACAAAGUAAAAACUUCACAUUUAAAUGCCACCGAGAAGGCACUGAGAUUUAUUCUGUGAAUUCACUGAAUUUCCACCCAGUACACCAUACAUUUGCCACUGCAGGAUCUGAUGGUGCUUUCAAUUUUUGGGAUAAGGACAGUAAACAAAGGCUGAAGGCUAUGUCCCGCUGCAGUUCUCCUAUUCCUUGCAGUACUUUUAACCAUGAUGGCACAAUUUUUGCAUAUGCGGUCUGCUAUGACUGGAGCAAGGGUGCAGAGUUCCACAACCCAGCAACAUCUAAGACACACAUUUACCUCCACAAUCCGCAGGAAUCAGAAGUCAAGCCAAAACCCCGGGUUGGCAAUGGAGGGAGAAAGUGAAGUUUCGGAUAUCAAAAGUGUGAAGGGGUUGUAUGGAUAUGUUACUUUUCAUAAUCUCCUGAAGCUUCAAAGAAAAAGGUUCUCAACACCCGUCGGCCAUGAGUCAUGAUCCAGGCAUUUUGUUCUCCAACUAGUUGAUCCAUUGUGAUUGAUUCCAUCAAUAGGAAUGCUCAUUUUCCUUUACAACAAAUGCUAGGUUGAUUCAGAGGCAGAAAGCUAAUCUUUCAUCAUGCUUGUAUCCAUUGUUUCUUAUACUAUGUUUCAUUCAGUUUUUUCAUUAACUAGUAGUGUCUUGCUGAUUCUGAAAAGUAUUAAUUCUGGGGUUCUUAGUAACCUUUCUAAGUGGAGCAAGAAUAUAGGGUUGAAUCAGACCAGAUACUUUGUUAGUGCCAGUUAUCAAUUACAAUUUGGUUUUGUUUGAUCAUUACUCAACA